UGCGAGCUCGAGCGCCGUUCUCGACCCCCGGUCUGUGAGCCGGUUCCUCCCCGGCGCUGCUGUUUGGUGCUCGGAGAUGAAACAGAUAUUAGGAUUUUACAUCAUUUAUAAGCCUGUGCAUUUCAAACUAAGUUCACACUUUGUCAGUUACGGAGGUUAGAAGUCCGAAAUGAGAUUCACUAGACCUACCUGGAUCAUCUCCCCAUUUCAAGCUGAUUAACAAAUUCAGUUCUAUCUGCCACCUUAAUUUCCCCUUGCUAUGUAACCUAAUAUAUUCACAGGUUCUGGAGAUUUGAAUGUGGAUAUCUUUUGGGGACCAUUAUUCAGCCUGCCAUAGCUAGGGACCAGAUGUGUAGACAUUUGGGGUUUUGCUCUGAGAUGGGAAGCAACUAGAGGAGUAAUGUGGCCUGGCUUAUGUCUUAAAAGGUUCAUUCCAGAUACUGUUUGGAGAAUAUACAAUGGGGAGGGAUGGACAAGAGGGAAUUAGAGACAGCAUUCAUGAAAAGAUUGAAUGUAAAUAUGAGAAAAAAAGAAGGCUUAAGAGUGACUGCACCAGAAGCAGAGGUUGCCUGUUAUCUUGCAUUCUCCCAUAAUACUCAGGCAAUCCCUCUUUCAAAAGUUUAUCAUUCUGACGGGAGUGAAGUUGCAUUUCUCUGAUUACGUAGUAAGUCUGAAUGUCUCUUUAUGUACUUAUUAUAUAUUUGGAAUUCCCCUGUCUUUGAAUUAUGUCUUUAUGUACUUUACCCAUUUUGCUGUUGGGUUUCCUUUUUCCUUGUUAAUUUGUAGGAGUUGUUUUUGCAUUUCAGCUAAGUCCGCUGUCAAUCUCUUAUACAUCUUUUUAACUUUAUGGUUUCUUCAUUGAAUGUUUUUAAUUUUGUGUAGUCAUAACCACCUGUUUUCCCCCCUAACUGUUUAAGCUUUUCGGGUCUUGUUCAAGAAAUCUUUCUCCACUCCAAGGUGACAAAUACGUUGUUCUGUAUUUUCUUCUAUUGGCUUUAUGGUUCUGCCAUUCACAUUUAGGUCUUUAACGCAUUUGGAGUCCACUUUUUAUAUAAGAUGGGGAUCCUGCUGUAUUUUUAUCUGUACAGUCGGCCAGUGUUCCUAAUACCACCAACCUAAACUUAAUCUGUUCUACCCCCUUGGCCCUAUAGUGCCACCUUUAUCAUAUAUGAAGUUCCUAUAUGUGUAGGUCCAUUUUAAAGCUCUGUCAUGUUCUGUUGGUCAUUUAUUUUUCCUGCGCCUGUACUGGAUUGUUUUUGUUACUUUGACUUUGUAGUGUGUCUUCGUAUCUGUCAAGGCAAUUCUCUUUGUUCUUUUUGUCCAGAUUGGCCUAACUCUUUAUGGACCUUUAUUUUUCCAUAUGCUUUCAAAAUUUCUUCUUGAAAGGCAACCCAAAUGCCAGGCCAGAGAGACCCCCAAGUAAACUUGUUCUCCCUUCACAGACCUCAGGGGAACUUAAGCAAUCAAGUUGAAGAAACGUUUCUACUACCUAAAAAAGUACCUGAAAACUACCUUGAUAUUUGUUCAGCUGUCCCAAUGGGAUUUUCUCUUAGUAAGUCUGCCACUCAGGUCUCUGCUAUGCGUAUUGAUUCAAAAGUGGACGAUCACUUAAUGCAAGGGACUGAGGAAAGCAGGUUGGAACCAGUGACUCAGUUAUUUCAAAACACCAAGAAAAUAAGAUUAGAAGACCCACACAAAGAAAACUUUAAAAGGAGUGAAGAGACUGGCACAGGAACUCUUUCGGCAAAAGCCUUGGGUUCGGUGGUAUAUGUUAAAGAAAGUGACGGAAUAGAAAUGACAGAUGUGGAAUGAAGUAAUUUGUACAUAUUACUAAAGAAGCCAAAAAUUGCUUUUGAUUAAGAGGGGCUGUUGAAUGAAAACUUAACCUUAUUAGGAAAACCCAACAAAAUGAAGAGAGACUAUUACUUUUCACUAGUUAUAAAUCUUCUUUGUCAACAUUCUUUGAUGAUACACAGUCAAAAGAGAGUUGCUUUAGAGAGAAAGAGCCUUCCAAAAUCCAAAGCAGAUUUCUAUUAUAUUCUGUCCUUCUUAAAAAACAGAGGUUUUUUUUAGUAACAGUAUUCAAAUAGCACCAAAACAUUUUAAUUGUAAUGUAUUUCUUUAACAAGUGAUAGGAAAAACAGUUCCUAAACAAUUUGUUGUCAGUAUUUCACACUAUUUCUGUUGUACCAGUUUUGUAUGUUACAUUUCUAGUUUGGGAAUUUGCUCCAGGGCACUCUCUCUUCCUGCAUUUUUGCAUUUCUGGUCUGCAAAAGAUCACUGCAGAUAAAUUCUGCAAAUGAGCAUUUCAUAUUUUAAAUCUUCCCUUUAAAACUUUUCCCCCCACAUUGAAUCCAUUUCAGAGUUAGAAAAUAAUUCUUUCCAAGUAUAAUAGUUUAUCCUGCAGAUGCUACCAUUUUAUAGCACCAAUAAUUGCUAUCCUUAUUAAAAUAUCUAGUAGUGUGAAACAACAAUAUUAUCCCAAGUAAUGUUAGAUUAAAUUAAAACUAUUUUGGACAUAUAGUGACCUGUAACUAUGUUAUGUAUGUUACAUAUGUAUUGAACAUGUUCAUUUACUUUAAUAUUUAAUGACUAUCUCUAAUGCCCAAAAUUCUUUAAUUAUAGAAACAGUGAGUAAAAAGCACCUUCUUUGGUUCUUUGGGAGAGAAAAAAAAAAAAAAUACAUAAAUUGUUUCUUUGUUCACCAAACCUGGCAUGUGCUUGGCCCCGCUGUGCCCGGAGGGGUGAAUAAAACAGCCUGCCUUCAUGGUGCUUACUGUUUAUCAGGGAAGACAGAAGAGCCAACAGUAAUUAAAAGACGACAAAUGGUAAUGUACCAUAAAGGAAGAGUAAAGCCUUCAGAGAGGCCUAACAGGAGGCCUACAAAUAAACUUGAUUUUAAUUGUGGGAACUUGGAGAACUUCCCAGAAAACAUGUCAUUUAUACCUGUUACAGUGAUAUGACUGUUCAAGUGAGAUGAUGGUGGAGAUAAGUGGAUAGUGUCCAGAUGUGGCUUGCCAGGUUGUGGAGAUAGUUUGGAAGUGUAAAGCCAGGAAGAAGGAAGGAUUUCUAGCAGCAAAGGCUAGAAUGCACGGAGGUUCCUUGGAGAAAAGAGAGCUUAGGAACACAGUUUGUAGACAUACCAGGUUUCUAAGGCAAGUAGACAGUUGUAUGUAUGAGACUAAAACUAUAAAUUUUGAAGUUGUAUAUCAAGAAGGUAUUAAAAACCAUGGGAAUGAAUGAGACAGGUUAAGGAGAACGUAUAGAGAGAAACUCCUCAAGAAUGCUAACAUUUAGGGGCUACAUGGGGAGCUGGCAAAAGGGGCCGAGGAGUUGGCAGUGAGGUUAGAGGAAAACCAAGAGGUGGUAAUGUCAAGGUUGUCCGCAGGAGUCUUUCAAGGAGAAGGUGGUCAGACGAACAGAGGACUGAAAUGCCCAUCAGAUCUAGCAACAUGAAUGUCAUCACUGACCUUAGCAAAAGCACUUUUGAUGGAAUAAUGGGGGUAGAAGCCUUGCUGGAGUAGGUUGAAGGAAGACUGGGAAGUGAGGAGGUAGAAACGGAUGUCGUUGUCCCUGAAGGGUAGCAGGAUGAAAGAGGGGAGAGUACAGCAUGUUUGAGUCAACAGCAUCUUGACUCAGUGGGGAACUUAAGAGUAGCAGAGGGGGUAAGAAUAACCAAGAGGCGGAAGUCUCUGAGCAGAGAAGAAAGGGUGGAUUCGCUAAAACAACUAGCAGAAAUUAGGAAAAACCUACUGUCUUAAUUCAGAGAAGUAAUACAAGUAGAAAACAACCGUACUGCUUGGCGAUUUCUAAUGACCACUAGGAAAAUUCCUGCUUGCAUUAACUGAACAGAAUCUAUUGCAACCCACUUACUACCAGGACAACUCACUCAGAGAGACUCCAGUCAAAAGGGUAACAAUAGAUAAAUGAGGUGCCAUGGUAGCUUUAUACAGAGCCCCUGCGUUUACAGUAUCCGUACCACCAACUUGUGAACACUAGAGUCUCUUACUCUAAGACGGAAAACGUGGUGGCUUCUAUUCUAACUGGAGAGGUUUUAAUUUUGGGGGGAAGACUGCAAAAGAUGGCCACAAAUUCAAAAAGUGGGGUCCCUUAUCCCAGCCCUUAAAUCUGGGUUGGGCCUUUGGUUGCUUAGACCAAUACAGUAUGGUAGAAGUGCUACUUCCAAGGCGAGGCCUUGAAAUGACCAACUGACAGAGUGUGAACAAGGCCAUCGAGGUCCUGGCGCCCCCGCCCACCCUUGCCAAAAAAGGCCGUAGGCGCGCACCUGGUGAAGUCUGUAGAAGAACCACCCCACUUACCACUUAAUUGUGAGAAAUAAUAAAUCGUUGUUUUAAGCCA